AUGAUCGAUAUUUUAAAAAAUACUGGAAAGAAUUCAGUUUUAUCUGAAAUCAGAACUAAAUAUGAUAAUUCUGUGGGCAACCACAAAAACUGUACAUUAGUUGAUUUAAAAGAUGACUUGCUGAUAAAGAAAUUGAUGAAACAUUCUAGAACAGCUGGUUCUUCAUUAUACUCAAUUACAAACUCUUUGGACACAUCUCUUAAACAAGAAACACAGUCAUCCUACCCCGUCAUCAGCAAGCUUUUGGAAAACCCCGAAUCGUACGAUCCGAGGUUCAACACCGGAACUAGGUCUAAACUACUCAUCUUGAAUGAUAAACUGGUCGGUUUCGAGAGACAAAUGGAGCUCCAGGCGAAGCACAAGCGGCACCAGGAAGAAAAUAGGUUAAUUAACAUUAACGAAUCGCUGAAUAAGUUACAAAACGCAAUAACUCUGGAGUCUAAAAGAAGGAUGGAGACCAUAAAGGCACUUCACGGAAUUUUCGAAACUCAGAUAAACUCAGUUCAAAACAGGGUGGAAAACCUGUUUAUGCAAAAGUUGGACCAGCUCGACAACGUGAUCCAGACAUUAUCGGAUAGAAUAGACAGUAUUCAAACAUAUGUGAACGAAAAUGACUCUAAGUUUACUAGCACAAUUGAGACAAACUGUAUGGUAUUGGAGAAGAACCUAUCGAACCUCCAGAAGUCCUUUGACGAGGAGAAGAUGGCCAGACAGGAGCGGGAGGAGCAGAUAGUCAAGAAGUUGUCUGAAAUUGAAAUGAAAACUGACUCAUCCAUUACCAAAGAGCUCGACAAGAUUAACUCUUCUUACCAUAACAUGAAAACGGAGCUCUCUGAUUUGAAGAAGUUCAAGGAGGAAUCCGAGAAGAAGCUGAAGACCAAAAUUUUGGACGAAUUUUCCAACAUAAACAACGGCCUCGUCAUGGAAUCCAGGGCCAGAGAGGAGUCCGACAACGACAUAGUGGAGGCACUACACAAGUACGCCAAAAUACUAAAUGAUUAUUCCAACUUCACUCCCUUUAAGUUCCAGCCCAUCUGA